AUCUCUAGGCCUGAGGAAAGGUGGAGGUAAGUUGAAGGCCUUUUCUGAGAUGCUGCAGUUUAUAAAACGGGCUUUCCAGAGAGAAACGCAAACGACACGGACGCCCCAAGCAGCAAUUGAGAUACCAACAGAAUCUUUUCACUCUCAGCAUGUGGAAGGCAGCACUCUUGACAAUGGGAUUGUUAGCGGCUCUGGUAGAAAAGGUGCGUUCCAACGACGCCCAGCCCCCUUUCUAUGGGGUGAAACUGUGUGGAAGAGAGUUUAUACGAGCUGUCAUCUUUACCUGCGGUGGUUCUCGUUGGAGAAGAAGCCUAGGAGACACAGAUUCUAUUGGGGAAGAGGCCUUUGACCCAUGGAACACAAAUUCCAUCCCUCAACUUAUCGGCAAACAGGAUGCUGCGGAGUCCCAAGUAUGGAGAGAGCAAACAUUAAACGGGGCAUCUGUGGCUGCUGGAUUUAGCCGCUCAGCUCGCUCGCCCAUUUCUGAGGAGGUGCUGGAAGCUCUACGGAGUGCAGAUAGGAAAGGACGGGAUGUAGUGGUCGGACUGUCCAACGCCUGCUGCAAGUGGGGCUGUAGCAAGGGGGAAAUCAGCUCUCUGUGCUGAAUCGCUCUUCUUAUAUACAAGUCAUGCGCUGUCACCAAUGCAAAACUCCACUAGUAUCCUAUUAUGUAAUUCAUUCAUUUCUUUUUUUUAAAUUCUGUAACUCACUUGUUAUGUGUUGACUAUUGAUGCAGGAAUGUGCAUGUGUACUCGACAUGUGUUGUGCUUUUGUUAAGCCAGACUGACAUGUUUAAUAAAGCAUUGCAUAAUUCUGAGAUUAUCUGUUCCUCUUACAAAAGACAUAAUAAAAUGAUAUGUCAUGCUUCUGGAAA